AGCCCUGAGCAAUGCAUGGGGCUGGAUAAUGUGCAAUGUGUAGGGUUUUCUUUUGUCCCAGCUCCUCUGGGGUUGGUUCUAUGGGGUUCCAGCCUCUGCAAGCUGCCCCAGGUGGUGCUGUGCUGGCACAGCCCCGGGAUCAGCGCUGCCAAGGGGCCGGGCAGCAAGGCUGGGGCUGUGCCAGGCUCUGGGAGCAGAGACACAGCAGGACACAGGGCGGACAGCAUGGGGCUGCUGGCUGCGGCGCUGCUGGCUGCUCUCCUCUCCGGGACCGCUGCGUGGGGGGCACAGACGCUGUGGCCGGAUGAACCCACGCACACCUGCUUCUUCGAGAGCCUCAGCGGCAAGGACAGCGAGUUCUGCAGAGGCGACUUAGAAGUCAUCUACCCAGAGCUGGGCGACGUGGGCUGCACCUACAUCCCCAGCUGCCACCAGUCCCGUUGGCGCAUCAGCAGGGAGUGGGGCAGCCCCCGGGUCCGCUACCCGCAAGCCGACAAGAGCAAGAAGUACGUGGUGAUGCUGGUGGACCCCGAUGCUCCCAGCAGAGCUGACCCCCGGAGCCGCUUCUGGAGGCACUGGCUGCUCGCCGACGUCCCCCCUUUCCUAAAGAAAUGCCGCCUUGCGGGCUCCUCACCCCCAGCUCUGCCUGUGCAGAGAGCGAGGUGCUCGCGAGAGCUCUUGGUGUCGGCGUGUUCGGGGAGAGGAAGGGGGAACAAAACAGCACGAUUUUGGUGGAAAUCAUGGAGGGAGGGGGGAAAAAUUUGAGUUUUUGGUGCCAAAUCCCACAUUUUUUCCUUUGGGUUUGGCACCAGGCAAUGGAUGGGGACCCUUCCGUCGCCGCUUUGCGUCCUGGGAGGGUUUGGCAAAUCAGUGCGCUCCACUCCUCCUCUUAUCUCCUAAAGGCUGAGGUGUUUCAGCUCUGAAUCAAUCUAACUAAUAAUCUGAAGUCUAAUUAAGAUAUCAAUUAAUUUGCAGCGCGCGUUUAGCGAGAAAUAUCUCGUCAUUCUCCGCUAUUAUUCUCCAAAAUUACUGCGGAGGGCUUUUUGUACAGAUACCUUAAUUAGACUUUUUUUUUUUUUUUUGUGGUUAAUGGGAAUAUUGAGCAAAUUAAAAUUAGAUAUUAAUACUUCCUGCGAGUUUCAUAAUUGGCUGGAAAAAAAAAAAAAA